AAAAGAAACAAGUUCAGAGAGCUCUGAGGAUGAGGAUGUUUGAUUCAGAGGGAAGAGAUACAGUGGGAAAAAAAUAAAUCAAUGUUGCACUUUCUAUAUGUUCUUGUGUGUAUUGCAGUAUGUGUGCGUUUUUCACAACAACAGUGUUAAUAAAAUGACAAAAUCUUCAUUCAGUGGCAUUCAUAAUCUCUUUUUUGACUGCAGAAAAAAAUGGCUAGUGGAAAUCCAAGGUGAUGAUCAUAAAGGUUAAUUUUGAACCCUGGUUUUUACAAUGAAAGAAAGUUUAUAUUUUGGAUUUGUACUUCGUUCUCACUUGGUGUCGUUCUUAUCCUGACCAGCAGGUGGCGGUAACACGUUCAUCGUUCUCCAAGCGCCAACCAAAACCAAGACGAAGAAGAAGUAAAGGACUGUUGGCAAACUUAGCUUGUUGUAUGAGGUGAAUAUUGAGUCUCCGGCUUAAACAUGUAUUCAGGAGAGUCUCUGAUGGACUUUGUCAACAAGCAAGUAGCUACUGCUAGAAAACUCAUCACGAAGGUUGAAGAAGCCUUGGCCCAGUUCGAGGAAGGGCUCGGUGAUCAGCGCAGACUGUCGGAUGUGAGCUGGGAACCACAGAGCCGCUCACACGGAGCAGAACUUCCACAGCAUCAUGUCUGGGAAAACAAGAUGACUCUGACUGACCAGCAGCUCUCUAAACAGAAAUGGACCUCCAGUUUGGACCAGAAGGAACCAGAACCUCCACUGAUGAAAGAGGAACAACAAGAACUCCUUAUCCAUCAGCAUGAAGGGCAGUUUCUUCUGAAGCAGGAAGUUGUUACCUUCAUGGAGCCUUCUCCUUCUGAAGAAACAGACUGUCAUGAACCAGAACCAAACAAGAACCAACCCUUGUGUCAGAGUACUACAGAAGCUGAGAACCAAGAUCAGGGUGGAUGCAGGAAAGAAAACUCAGAAUCAAACAGCAAUGAAGAACUGACACGUAAUAAAAUAUGCCAAUCCAAAGAUCACAGAGACAGUGUAGAUGAUAAAAAACAAAAAAGGCACAAGAGGGCUCACACAGGUGAGAAGCCAUAUCCAUGUAAAACUUGUGGUAAAUGUUUUAAUGUCAGUAGUUCCUUGACUAAACACAUGAGAAUUCACACAGGUGAGAAGCCAUAUCCAUGUGAAACUUGUGGUAAAUGUUUUAAUGUCAGUAGUUCCUUGACUAAACACAUGAGAAUUCACACAGGUCAGAAGCCAUAUCCAUGUGAAACUUGUGGUAAAUGUUUUAAUGUCAGUAGUUCCUUGACUAAACACAUGAGAACUCACACAGGUGAGAAGCCAUUUUCAUGUAAAACUUGUGGUAAAUGUUUUAGUGACAGUAGUUCCUUGACUAAACACAUGAGAACUCACACAGGUGAGAAGCCAUUUUCAUGUAAAACUUGUGGUAAAUGUUUUAGUGACAGUAGUUCCUUGACUAAACACAUGAGAACUCACACAGGUGAGAAGCCAUUUUCAUGUAAAACUUGUGGUAAAUGUUUUAGUGGCAGUGGUUCCUUGACUAAACACAUGAGAAUUCACACAGGUGAGAAGCCAUAUCCAUGUAAAAUUUGUAGUAAAUGUUUUAGUGACAGUAGUCCCUUGAAUACACACAUGAGAACUCACACAGGUGAGAAGCCAUUUCAUUGUAAAAGUUGUGGUAAAUGUUUCUCACAGAGUGCUGCUUUGAUUUAUCACAUGAGAAUUCACACAGGUGAGAAGCCAUAUCCAUGUAAAACUUGUGGUAAAUGUUUUAUUGACAGUAGUUCCUUGACUACACACAUGAGAACUCACACAGGUGAGAAGCCAUAUUCAUGUAAAACUUGUGGUAAAUGUUUUAGACUCAGUGGUCACUUUACUACACACAUGAGAACUCACAUUAGGGCUGCACGAUAUUAGGAAAACCUGCGAUAUUCGAUAACAGUGCUUAAUAUUGUGAUAUCGAUAUUACUCACGAUAAAUGAACAAAUACUAAAGUAUGCAGUGUUGAUGUCGUCUGGUGUGUGACGGCUGCUCUGGGUUUAAAGCAAACAAAAACUAAUGCAUGAAUUCCAUUACAACAUAACAUUUUUUGUGCAAAAAUAUGCAGCUGCACCUGCUACUGUAUUAGCAGCAAAACAACAAACUGCAUGCAUGCAGUUUCUCAGUGACUUAAAAACAUCACCACCACCAUAAAACUUUUUCUGAUGCUCCAAAUACAGAAAAACAUCCCUUACCAGGGUUUUUGAGUAAAUAAAAAAAAAUAAUCAGAAAAUAAGUUUAAAUGUUAAAUAAUAGUUAACAUCACUUAAAUGCAACAGCAAAUUCUCUCAUUGCUACUGAACAUUUUCUCCACUUAUGUGGUUAUGAUAUAAGGCUGUUGCUGUAAUUGGGAAGUGAUCUGUGCUGGGCCAAACUAGGAGAAUAUUAAGAUUUUCUGAGGGAAAGAGAAAAACAAUUGUCUACCUGUCAGAAGAGGAACUGGCAAAAAAACUGCAUGGAAAAUAUGUGAAAACGUUUGUUUUUGACCCCAAAUUGAACAAGUUUACCUAGAUCUUAAAAAGCAGCUCAGAUGAUGAAACUGCAACUAUGAUUCUGAUAACAAGCUAACAAAUUGAGCUAGCUCCUCUAAGAUAACCGGCUAGCAGAGCUUCUGACUGACAGUUUAUGUGCAGCCAGUGCUGGACUGACCAUAGGGCAUAGCGGGCAACUGCAAAUCGUUUUGGCGGGUACUGUUAAAAUAUUACUAGCCAGUUUGGCCGGUGAUUCGGAGGCAACCAAGCAAUUCAUGUCAGAGACGCUCUGGGUCGUUUGCCCCCUCCUCCCCUCCUCGAAGACGAGUCACGACUGUGAGGGAUUUAUCUCCUCACUAAUAGUUAUUCCUCUUGUUUGUUUACUCCUGUAUUUUUGUGUGUUUUAGGUCAAAUAUGCUUGGUAAUCUAUAAAUUACUUUAAGUUAAGUUGAUCUAUUGGUGUUCAUCACUCCCUUCUUUCUGAGGUCAUUUGUUUAAGUGUUGCCAUGGAAGCGCGCCCAUAGGCAGCCAUGAUCAGUUCCUGGUGUGCUUAAUCAGCUCUACUGAGGGAGAAACUAACUGACUGAAGAGAGGGGGGGUUAUCUUGUGUUUGUUUAAGUGUAGUUGUUCUUGUUUUUGUUCUUUUGAGUUAAGGUAGUAGGUAAAUAUGUAAAUAGAUUGUUUGACAUAUUUUGUUGAGGUGUUGAGAUGUACUUUAUUGAUUGCAGGAUUUGAAGCUAAUGUUUCCCCUGCCCAUGUCAUAAUGGCUGGUUCCAAGUUAGCUUUAAAAAGGGUGGAUUCGGUACUGUUGUGGUUGAUUGCUAGCCUAGUGAACUAGACCAAAUUCUUGCUUUGCAAAGUUUGGUCUACGUGGCUUUCCAGGCUAGUUGAUUGCUUGUUAAGGGGAAUCCAUGCCCCAAUGUCAUGGAUUGUUUGCAUUAAAAAAAAAGGAUAAA